CUAUCCUUCGUAAGUAUCACUUAUUAAUCGAUUUAGCAGUUCUUUCCAAAAUGAGGGAAUGGAUACUAGUGUCUUUGUGCGCAGUGGCAUUUGCCAAACAUGAAAUAUACUCUGGAUGGAAGUCAUACUACGUGGCUCCAGCUUCUCAAGAACAGCUGGUGAUCUUGGGAUCUCUGGAGAGCAAAUUAGACGUAGAUUACUUCGUCAGACCAAGACUAGACCGCGAAGGUGUGGCGUUGGUGAAACCUCAAUACCAAGAAGAAUUCCUUAAUGUUCUGGAUAAUGAAGAAAUAUCUCAUAGAGUUCACAACGAAGAUAUCAAAUCCCAGCUGGAUAUUGAAGAUGAGCUUAUUGAGGCAAGGCAUGCAGAGUUCCGCGCUAGAAGCACACCGGAAAAACCUUACGACAAUUAUCUUCGAUUAGACGCGAUCUACAAUUACAUGGACGAGGUAGCCGCAAACUACCCUAAUGUUGUCAAGCAAGUAACAGCUGGAAGAUCCUUCGAGGGCCGUCCUAUCAAGUACUUGAAAAUUUCUUCUACCAACUUCGAAGAUACGUCAAAAUCCGUCAUAUUUGUGGAUGCGACUAUACACGCCAGGGAAUGGAUCACCACACCAGCUGCUGCUUAUGCAAUUCACAAGCUGGUCGAAAACAGAACUGAUCCAGAGCUUUUGGACAACUUUGACUGGAUCAUCAUGCCUGUGGUUAACCCAGAUGGAUACGAAUUUUCUCAUACAAAUGAUCGAUUCUGGCGCAAAACACGUUCGUUGGAUCACAAUCUAAUAAGCUUUCUAUGUCGUGGAGUUGAUGGAAACCGGAACUACGAUAUCCACUGGGGUACCGGAGAAGACAGCGACCAAAACUGCGCCGAGACGUAUGCAGGAUCUAAACCCUUCUCAGAAAUGGAGACAAGAGUCGUUCGGGACGUUAUUAAGGAGAACUUAAGCAGAAUGAUUUUGUAUAUCACACUUCAUAGUUUUGGAAGCAUGAUUCUUUACCCUUGGGGUCAUGAUGGAAGUCUUUCAAACAAUGCUUUAGGUUUACAUUUGGUAGGAAUCGCCAUGGCUGAUGCAAUUUACGCAAAGACCCUUCCAAUCUUUCCAAGAUACAGGGUCGGCAAUUCCUUGCACGUUAUUGGUUACAGCUCACCUGGCAAUAGUGCAGACUAUGCCCAUUCCAUCGGAGUUCCUCUGACUUAUGUUUAUGAGUUACCCACUAUUUUACCUGAUGAUGAUGAUUAUGAUGAAGAUAAUGAAACUGAUGAUCAUCUGAACGGGUUCCAUCUUGACCCCAAAUACGCCAGGCCAAUUGCUGAGGAGACUUGGGAGGGAAUUUCUGUAGGCGCGAAGAGAGCAAGAGGAAUUGUGAGAAGUAAAUAAUGAAAAUUAUGUAAUUUUUAUUAAAUAACUGGUAUUUAAAAAGUUUCUUAUUU